AUGCCGCCAGAUCGACGUGUGCAGCGAAUUGUCCGAGUAAGAACUGGUUGUUUGACUUGCAGGCGUCGCAAGAAGAAAUGCGACGAGACACGUCCAAUCUGUGCUGGCUGUCAGCGCAAUGACCUGGCCUGCCAGUGGCCUCCAGAUGUACCUGGCAAGAGAGAUCCCAGCCACGAGCACGAAACUCAAGCAUCUGCGGCAGAUGAGUGCCGACCGAAUAUUUUCGAUGCCAUUGAGCAGCUCGAUGAGAUGUCGAUGCCUAGGAGUCCCUUAUCGCAACGAGCGCCAUCUGUUGCAUCUAGUGCAGGGCACUCAGUGACUAUUGGAGACCACUUUGAAGAUACGACGCUGCAUGAGGAGACCCAUAAUCAACGCCGACUAUCAACAGCUACAGGGGCUACCACUACCAGUGAUGCUCUUGUCGCCUCUGUAUCAAUGGGAAACGUGCUGCCGCGCAGCCUAUCCCUGCUGCCUGGCUAUGAUGCCGAGUCCUAUCAGCUUCUCAGUCAUUACCUGGCCACAACGGCCGACUGCAUGGCGAAUGGCUCCACGCCUAUCAACCCCUUUCUGGUACAGAUUGUACCCCUGGCAUUUUCUAGUGACUUGUUAUUGCAGCUGGUAAUCACUCAAAGCGCCGCUCACCGCGCAUUUCGAUCACGGGACGAAUCAGAUACAAUUGCCCACAGCCACUACACAAAAGCCCUCCAGCAUUUCCGUCGUGGAGUAACGGACUUUAUCGACGGGAAAGAAUCGAACCCUCUCAUGCUCCUAGUGGGAGCACUUCUGAUGUGUUUUACCGAGACAGCAAAGGGUGAUAUGAACGGGACAAUAUUCGACCACUUAUCCGCCGCAAAUUCACUGUUGGUCAAACUGCUUGCCCAGAGCGACUCAGCGGUUCCACGAGACUUGAAAGAUUUCGUCAUCGAAUACUACACCUAUACUGCGACCGUCAGUAUGAUUUCGAUCGAUGCUCGCUUUAGUGGGCAGCUCUUCUUAAACUUGGAUCUUGAGCAACGGUCGCGCGAGUUGCUUCGAACCCAGUACGUGGGCAACCUGUGCGGUUGCUGGCUGGAACUAUUGCUGCUGAUCCCGUGUAUCUUCGAUCUCGGUCGGCAGUGGAUCAUGGAUGAUACGCAAGCGGUCAUUCCAACAGCUGAUGAUAUUGCCAUGCUCGCAUCCAUCCAAGCCCAGAUUCUACGCUGGUCGCCUUAUCCCAAUGUCGGGACGGAGGUCCGUCUAGCUGGGUUAAUCUUCCAAGAAGCCAUACUCGUCUAUCUAUACACCUCCCUAGGUGGCUUCCAAUACACCAGUGAUGGAAUGUAUAAAGGCAUGGUGGAAAAUGCAGUGACAGAAGCCAUGUCAUACUUGGGUGAGCUGUCUCCGAGUGCGCGCAUCAACUCUGGCCUCUGUUGGCCGAUUGCUGUGGUGGGUUCAUGCCUUCUCAACCCCGACCAACAAGACUGCCUACGAGGACGAUUGAAUGCCAUGACCGAGACAUUUGGUCUUGGAAAUAUGCACCGAACACUUUUACUCCUCGAAGCAAUGUGGCAAUCACCUGCGUCCGAGGCCGGGCCUUGGAAUAUUUGUCGAGCAAUGCAGCAAAACCAAAUAUGGAUCUCAUUUGCGUGA